AUGAAGGAGAGGCAGCGGUGGAGGUCUGAGGAGGACGCCGUCUUGUGUGCGUACGUGAAGCAGAAUGGGCCGCGGGAGUGGCACCUGGUGUCCCAGCGCAUGAACGUGCCCCUGCUCAGGGACGCCAAAUCUUGCUUGGAGAGGUGGAAGAAUUACCUCAGGCCGGGAGUUAAGAAGGGGCCGCUCACCGAGGAGGAGCAGCGCCUCGUGAUCGGGCUACAGGCCAAGUACGGCAACAAGUGGAAGAAGAUCGCCGCUGAGGUCCCAGGCCGCACCGCCAAAAGGCUCGGCAAGUGGUGGGAGGUCUUCAAGGAGAAGCAGCAGAGGGUGGUGCAGCGAGAGAUUAGCAAGUCCGUGGUAAGCUCCACCGAUCCGGGUAAGUACGACCGCAUCCUCGAGAGCUUCGCGGAAAAGCUAGUGAAAGAGCAGCUGAUGGCUGCGCCAUUACUUCCCCCAUGGCUUUCUUCCAACACCAACGGCGCCCACCGACCGCCGCCAUCUCCCUCCGUGGCUCUUACUCUCUCGCCUUCCGCUGCGCCCCCUGCCCGCAUGCCCUGGACGCAAGCAGAGCGAGCCGUGGAGAGCGGUCCGGGUUUUGUACCUGGGUUCGCCGUGGUGGAUGGCCGCGUCGUUGCCGACCUGGUCGAGUGCUGCAAAGAACUGGAGGAAGGGCAUCGGGCGUGGGCGGCGCACAAGAAAGAAGCGGCCUGGAGGCUGAAGAGGGUCGAGCUGCAGCUGGAGGCGGAGAAAGCCUGCAAGAGGAGGGAGAUGAUGGAGGAGAUCGAGGCCAAGAUCAGGGCGCUCAGGGAGGAGCAGCAGGCGGCGCUAGAACGAAUCGAAGCGGAGUACAGGGAGCAGAUUGCCGGACUGAGGAGGGAGGCGGAAACGAAGGAGCACAAGUUGACAGAGCAAUGGGCGACGAAGCAUAUAAGCCUGAGCAAGUUUCUGGAGCAGUUCGGGUGUCGCCAGUGGCCGUCGGUGGAGAUGAACGAGCGCUGAGGGCAGUAGGGGUUGGGGCUGCUCUGUUUCUGCAUCAGUGUCGCUGCGUUACCAUCCAACGUCUGUAGCUUUUUUCCUCAGAUUUCCUUGUUCUUGAAUCGUAGCAGUCAGUGAAUCGUGUAGAGUCACUCUGUUUGAUGUCUAUUAUAAUUUUCAUUUAUCGAGCA